UGCGUGCAUGACCCCAGCGCAUGCGAGCGAGACCCCCGCAUGCGCACCUGGAAAGCCACACGAGGCCCCAAAAUGCAACGCGAGCACAUGUGCCCCCACCGCAUGCAUGGCAGAGAUCUGAAGACCCGCUGGCUGGCGGGAGGCGCAUGCGCAGUGGAGCUGGGUUGGCGCGACGGCUGGCACGCCCGCAGAGAGGGAUCGCGUGCCAUUGGUUCGCCAUCACGGAUUUAGACCUUUCAGAUAGAAACAGCUCCUUGAAGUACAUUUUAAAGUGGUUAAAACAUUUUAAAUACUUCGAAAAUUAGCCUACUAUAAAGCUAGAAGUCUCACAUUGCGGGAGGGGAGGGGUGUUGCCCUCUUCAGUGCCGGAUUAAAAAAUCUGGUCUUGAUCCACUGAUUAUUGGCCUAAUAAUUGAAUAACCCUGACGAGUUUUGAAAGAAUGCUUGUAACUUUUUCCCCAAAACAGAUAGACCGAGCAAAAACAACAGGUGAUGGUUGGUUUGGUAUGAAAGCUCCAGAAAUGACGGAGGAAUUGAAAAAUGACCUUAAGGCUUUGCAGAUGAGAGCCGCCAUAGAUCCUAAACGCUUCUACAAAAAGAACGACAGGAAAGGGCUUCCCAAGUAUUUUCAGGUUGGAACUAUUGUGGAUUCUCCAGCAGAUUUCUACCAUGCUCGUAUUCCCAAGAAAGAGAGGAAGAAAACGAUUGUGGAUGAACUUCUGGCAGAUUCAGAGUUUAGACGGUACAAUAAAAGGAAGUACCAAGACAUAAUUGCUGAGAAGGAGGCCCUCUCCGCAGGAAAGAAAAAUCGGAAGAAGAAGAAGUUUCACAAAUAGAUUUUGAAAGCAAAAUGCUUGAACAUAGUUUUUUAAUGGAGAAUUUAUGAGUUGGAAUUUCGCACAAAUGGUUCUGCCAAGACUGAUCACAUUAACAGCAAGAAGAAAAGAAGGGGUGUAGAAGGGGUAUUGCUUUUUCCCAAUAAGAUUUUGGAACCGAAUGUGAAACCCUUUGUCACGUCCUGAUGAAAAUAUGCAGCAGAGAGGAUGACGUUAAAAUGUUUUAGAAGAAACAACCUAGUUUAAAAUCAAACUGUCCAUUUAAAGUAAAAUGGGAAUGAGCGUAACUUUUAAAAAAAAAACCAAUAUGAGAUUAUAUUUGAAAUGUGGCUGCUGUAGAAGUAUAUUCCUCUUUGUAUAUCUAUUAAAAUAUUUUGUAAGAAUUAA